AUGCAAAAAGCCGCGGCAGGGAAUCAUGACGCCUUCGGUGAACUCAUCGAGUGCCACCAGCAUGCCGUCGUCGGCACCGUCGCUAAAAUGACUAAUGGCAGCCCCGACAGCGAAGAUAUUGCUCAGCAAGUCUUCCUCCGCCUCUGGAAAAGCGCCCCCCGCUACCAACCCACCGCCAAAUUCACCACCUACCUCUUCACCAUCACCCGCAACCUCGUCUUCAACGAAACCCACCCCAAUUCCACCGCCCGCCCCGACGCCGAACUUCGCCAAAAAGAGCUCCGCAAAGCCAUCGACACCGCCAUCUCAGCCCUCCCCGAAAAGCAACGCACCGCCGUCAUUCUUCGUCGAUACGAAAACAUGCCCUACGACGAAAUUGCCCAAGUCCUCAAUCUCUCGAUCUCCGCCGUAAAAAGCCAACUCUUCCGCGCCCGCACCCAACUCCGCGAGCACCUCGAACGUUUUUUGGAGGAAUGA